AUGGACGACCCAUGCUGGGUCCAGCGGCGCAACCGUCUUCGGCUGGCCACAGUACUGCCAAAGCCUCGACAAGCCCAGAGUCAUUUCAACCUCAAUCUGCACUGGCCGGAGGCCACAGCCACGGCACCGAGGCGGCUCCAAGAGGCAGCCGCGCAGGCUGCCAGGAUCCGCAAGGACAAGACCGAAGCCCGCGACGAUGCCUCGACACGACUGGUGGCCUCCAUGGAGGUCCGGAGCGAGGGGAGGAUGACGCCGCUGGGACACGACAUGAGUGAGACCUUGGCACAGGAGAUGGCAGAGUGGUCGGUGCCGAUGACGAAGGAGGACAUGGAGGAGGAGGUAUCCGAUGACAUUAAGGAGGUUAAGGAAGACAGCAGCGAGGUGAGAAUCUACUUCGGGGAGCGGUUGAAUUUCAAAGGAUUCGUCGCCACGGGCAUUGACGUGAACAUCGCAGUCUCGCGGGCCAACGAAACUUGGGGACCUAGUUGGUCAAUGGAUCUAAUCAUGAGGUCUGCUGGCCAACCAUGCGUCCUCGAAGUGGAGGAGGAGGAGAAGGAGGCGGACGAUGACGAGGAAGAGGCGAGACGUCCUGUGCUGUCCUUCUUGGCCAGCUUCAACAGCGGCCCAGGGGCCUACUGUGCCGCUGCCUGGUGCGAUGCCUGGGAUAGAGAUCACAUCGUUGAGUUCACAGAAGCCGAGGAAGAAAAUCCUUCCCCUGCCUCCCGUUGCGAGACUUUGGAAGACUUCCUGAACUUAGAGCCAUCUCUGCCUCCGGACUCGAAGUUGUCAGAGCAGCACGCCAAGGAUUUCAGCACCCGCCUGACAUCUGAUGCAUCUGAAGAUGUCCAGCAGGACUUCGCUGAAUGCCUCGGUAUGCGAUCGCAGGACCUCGACACGUCGCUUUGCCAGAGCUUCUGCACGAGCAAAGGGCUCGAUUUGUCUGGCAUUGUGGGCGGCAAGGAGUGUCGUUGCGGCGCUUCGCGGCUGAACCGAGCCGUUUGGAUGGGAGGCGAUCCGAGACCCGGACUUCUACUGCCCAGUGAGCCCAUGUCGGAAUGCAGGACAGAGCACAGAGAGAGUUGCCCAAUGCGUGUCUAUCGCUUGCGUGGCCCCUUCCCGAGUUUUGGUGUGCCGCCGACGCACUUGCAACUCAGCGCGCAGGAUAUCAGCUACAUGGAUUCCAUCGUGUCUGGGGGAACCAAAGAUGUCCCAAAGGAAAGCAGUCCCGAUCCAGAUCUGGCGUCCCCUUCGGCCACGGCACCUUCAUUGGUAACAUCGGAUUAUCGGCCGCCGGGCUUUCUGCGGCCUUGCGACGGUUACGGGAGCUGUGGAGCGGUUACAAACUGGAGGCUAAGAAGUUCGAACACCUCCGGCGAAUGGGAGGAAGUGGCGUUCGUACAUUACUACUUUGAGGUCGGCACGGACCAGACUCGCAAAGAAGCUUUCCGGGAGGCCACAGCCAUGUAUCAUCGGUGGACCUGCGUUCGGUUCGUGGAAGUUGAGCGCAGCUUUACCGGAGCAAAGCUUCGAGUUGGAAAUUACGACUCCAUGUCUUGUAAUGCAAGGGCUGGGUAUUCUAGUUAUUGGAACGGAGGCAGGUUCAACCUCGGUUCCUGCAUGAACCUGAAGCACAUGGGCGAAAUUCUCCACAACCUUGGCCACGUUCUUGGCAUGCUGGACGAGCAAAAAAGGCCCGAUGCAGCCCGAAGUUAUUCGGGUCACGGGCCUCACCUCCAAGUCUUUUGGGACAACGUUCCCACCAAUUGGCGGCCUUAUAUCUUCGAUCCGGUCGAGGAUGCCUACACCGGGUCCGCUACCCGGAAUCCGUGGGCUGGUUAUGCACCCUAUGACUUCGACAGUAUCAUGCACUUCCAUCCGAUGCUAUUCGGAUCUCAAAUCUACGAGACAAUUCCUUCCGCGCAAAUGAGGAAUGUAGGCCAGCGCAACUUCUUGUCAGAAGGGGACAUCCUCCAGCUGCUGGAUUCUUAUAGGUGCAGGCGGCGCGCUACCACCACCACAACCACCACUGCCACUACGACCACCACGACCACCCCCACCCCCACCCCCACCACCACCACCACCACCAUCACCACCACGACGAGCAUGUCAUCCGGAGCAGGUGGAUGCAUCGAGAAUCCGGAUUGUGCAGUCAACCCGUGGUGCACCGAUCCGAGCUACCAAUCCUGGUGCCCCCUUCAAUCCCCUUGCCCGAAGCCCUGGUGCGUUGGCAGCCAGAUCCCCACCUAG